CCAUUAGACCGUUACUUGUAUUUAAAUACUCGGAUAUUAGCGGUUUUCUGCAUUAUGCUGUCGAUAAACCAAUUCGAUAAAGAAAAAAUUGAAAAAUGGGAUUAAAAAAAGAGGGUGUUAAUGGUUUGGAUAAUCCAGCGUUUAAAAAAGAUUCUGAGGACAGAAUUUCGAUACUUGUCGAAGAAGACAUAUGGGCAUUGCCAGAGCUUAGUGUAGAUUACAAACCAUGGAAUGAAUUAACAUGCGGCGAGAAGUUACAAAGGUUGUUUCUACACUACAUUCUAAAGAUUGUCAUUCUGCUAGGGGCGUUAUACAUCUUCAUAUGUUCUCUCAGUUUUCUCGGUGAUGCUUUCAAGCUUCUUGGAGGUAAGGCCGCAGGAAAGGCCUUUUCGGAGAAUGAGAUCUUGUCGAACCCUGUGGCAGGUUUGAUGAUAGGUGUACUGGCCACGGUAUUGUUACAAAGCUCGAGUACUACCACGUCUAUAGUUGUCAGUAUGGUUGGGUCAGGAGAAUUAUUGACGGUAAAACAAGCUAUUCCGAUCGUCAUGGGAGCUAAUAUUGGCACAUCUGUAACCAAUACCAUCGUCUCCAUUGGUCAGAUCACCAAUAAGGACGAUUUCCGGCGGGCAUUUGCCGGUGCUACGGUCCACGAUGCUUUCAACUGGCUGACGGUUCUAGUUCUUCUGCCAAUAGAAGUAAUUACAGGUUAUUUGGAGGCACUGAGUGGUGCAAUAAUUGACAGUAUCCCACAAUUUAACGAGGAUAUGAAAGACUUGAAUAGAGAUUACCUUAAAGUUAUCACAAAUCCUUUAACUAAGCUUGUCAUUCAGAUCGACAAAAAGGUGAUUACGAAAAUUGCAAAUGGGGAUGAGGAAUACUUGGAUAAAUCUAUAAUAAAGCACAAAUGUUGUGAUAAACUUGACAAUGGUACCAGCGUAAAUUGUAAAACUUGUGUGUUCAUGUUUGAAAGCAUAUCGCAGCCAGGAAAAUGGAGCGAUGCAGCUGUUGGUGCCCUUCUUCUGGUUAUCGCCCUUGUUCUGUUGUGCGUUUGCCUCGUUCUGAUUGUCAAACUAUUACAUUCAUUACUAAGAGGACAAAUCGCUCACAUUAUUCGAAAAUUCAUCAACGCGAACUUUCCGGGAAAAUGCAGCUAUUUCACAGGAUAUCUUGCUAUCCUUAUCGGUGCAGGAUUAACAAUUCUUGUACAGUCAAGUUCAAUCUUCACCUCUUCAAUAACACCACUAGUUGGUAUGGGCGUACUUAGUCUAGAGAGGAUGUAUCCUCUAACACUUGGCUCAAACAUCGGAACAACGGCUACGGGAAUUCUUGCCGCUUUCGCGCAAGACCCAGAUAAGAUUCCAAAUUCGCUCCAAAUUGCAUUGUGUCAUCUGUUCUUCAAUAUUUCAGGGAUAUGUAUCUUCUAUCCGUUUCCAUUCUUCCGACCACCAAUCAGAAUGGCGAAAUUUCUCGGGGUCCAAACUGCAAAAUACCGCUGGUUUGCAAUUAUGUACCUGUUUGUAGCCUUUUUCUUAUUUCCCGCAGCCGGCUUUGGUCUGUCAGUGGCCAGCUGGAUCGCUCUUGCCGCAGUAUUUAUACCAAUUGCUGUUCUUAUCAUCAUAAUAUUGAUCAUCAAACUCAUUCAGAACAAGCGGCCACUCUGGCUUCCGUCUGUCAUGCGCAACUGGAAAUGGCUUCCGGAACCACUGCGGUCACUUGCACCCUUUGAUCGUUUUCUGAUGAUAAUUACCGGACACUGUUAUUGUUGUCGUAAAGUUGGUUGUAUGAAAGCUAUAACGGACGAUUCUGAAGAUAGAAACCAGAAGAAAUCAAAACUUGAAUUUAAUGACAUAAACAAUGACGAAUUAGUGACCACUGUUACUUAUGACAAUGGUGCAUCUGGAACAGAUGGAAAUUAUUCUGCAAACAGUACACGCAUGUAGAACAUAUAAGUGUGAUAUUAAAUCCUGGAUAGUUUAAAAUCCUGUUUCGUAAAUGAAACAAAGCAUAAAGGCAGUUGUGACAAAACUGUGAUAUUCUGAGAUUUUAACGCUGUAUUUUUACAAACACAAUUUUAAUGGGAACGUUAAUUGGUUCCCCGGAUGUUGAUGAUAUACUGUAACUGAUUUUGUUGAGAAAUAUCUCUUUCUGACAACAUUGUCUGCAUCUGUUUUCUGCAAAAAAUUAAAAUGACAUUAUGCUCAUUGUUUCGAUGUGCAGUUGAGCUAAUGUGCAGUUUAGCUGGUCAAUGAUGUACUGAAAAAUGUUUAGGACAAUAUAAUCUACCUUUUUUGUAAAAUGACUGUCCAAAUCUUUGUAAAAACCGAAUGCUACCGAUACAUUCUAGGAAUGUCCAUGUGUUACGUUGAAUAAUUAAGGCAAAGUAAAAUAAAAAAUUGAACACAAAUAUGGCAAUACAUCAAAUUUCUAUGACUUUUACCCCGACCAUUUACACCUGAAAUGGCAUAAUGUCACUUAACACAUUGACCACCUAACACAGAUGGCCUCUCAGUUACGCUUCCAAACUUCGGAUAUACAUGCCCAGUGAUAAACUGUACAAAAUACUUGUAUCUAUAGUGAAAUUACAAAAAAGUUUUAUUGUCUUUAAUAUGAAAUUGUUUUAAUAUUUGAGCCGUGUCACGACAACCAAAUAAUGAGUUUGCGACCAGCAUGGAUCCAGACCAGCCUCCGCGCAGUCUGAUCAGGGUUCAUGCUGUUCGCUAUCAGUUUCUGUACUUGAUAUAGACUUGGUAAGCGAACAGCAUGGAUCCUGAUCAGACUGCGCGAAUGCGCAGGCUGGUCUGGAUCCAUGCUGGUCGCAAACCCAUUAUGUUGGUUUUGUCGUGACACGGCUCAUUUUACAUUUUCAUGUAUAUAAUCAUUUGUAUCUGUAAUGUUUGAUACAUGCAUGUUGCUAGAUUGAAGUUUUCAGAUGUUUUAAGUCCCAUACAGAGUGUUUUAAGCAUAAUGUUUCCUAAUAUUUGCUUUUGUUUUGUUUUAUCUUGUACAUGUAUUUAAAUAUGUUAAACAGAAAUGAAGAUUUAUCUGGCAAUAAAUUCUGAUUGUUUUA